UACAGCCAGUAACAGGACUGUGAACCUGUAGGCCAGCUAUGCGCACCAUCAAUCCACAGACUGCUGACUGGGCAUGUGGUGCUGGGGCUUCUGCUUGCUUCCAGAUUGCAUUAAAAGAAGCUGAUGACAUGUUGCUUAUUUCCUAGCAAGCUGGCAUAAGGAGGGGCGUGACAGCAAAUGGGAAAGGAGAUGUACUCUCUGAACCUGUAGUCUCUCCUCUGGCAAAACCUGUGAGCUCCUACCCCAGGCUCUCUUCAUCAAACCGCAGUCUCCUUGCCCUGUUCACAUGCUUUCAUUGUCCCCAUGCCUAAACGGAGGGUAAGAGCACCGGAGAAUGGGCAGCUGCAGGGUACGGUCCUCAGGCUGCUUCUGGCAGCGUAACGUAUCCCAGCGAGGCCCCGCCAGCGAGCAGGGAGUUCAGCUCUACGGCCCUCCGGACUGCAAUCGGCCCCAGUGCGGCGACUCCCAGGAAGGUGUGUGUGUUGGGGGAAGGCAGUUUGUGCAACUGAGGUCCUGUUCUGUGAUAACUGUGCCCCAGGACCCAGGGAGGUAGGAACUUAAGGACCUGCUAAAACCAUAAGGCACAGCCACUUCUACUCUCUUCUAAGGACAGCCAGAAGCGACUUCGUCCCUCUGCCGCAAACCCUCUUGUCUUAUUAAUGCGGACGCUUCUCCUCGCUACUUGUGAGGAAAAAACUUGGUGCCAUUGAGUUCCUUAUUCCUCUAGCCUGCUUAUUGCGCUGUAGAAGGGAUGCUAGAGCACCCUCUCCGAUUACACCCAUUUUACAGAGGGAUGUGUUCACAUCUGCUCCCACUGCUGUUACUGCAGGCACUUCUGUUUCAGCAAGAGCUUUUUUCUCCCCUUGCCUCUGGGCAUAGGCUGAGCGAGAAGUCAGGAGGAGGCCUGUAUUGCUGCCAUAAGGACUGUCCUUUGCAGACGAUUUGAAAAACAAUCAGUACUCCCUUCAGCUGUGUUUGUAAACACCCUGGGGCAGAUUUUCCAUCCUCUCUCAACGCAAGGAUGGCUUCACCUGGAAGGUGGAGUAAGCUGGCAAGGGGAAAGGAGAGAUCAAUCCCUUUGCAACUCUGCCUGGGCUGUGGGAGGGAGGCGAGCUUGCUGGCCCCACCUUUCAUUCCAGUGCAAGGGCACGGGAGUGCUGCUCCGUGACUCAGGCUGGAGCAAGUGCUCCCAAGCCUGGCAGGGUGAGGCAAGUGGAGGAACAGUCCCAGGAAGGGAAGACUUCUGGGAGAUUGCUCCCCACCCAGUCGUCUGGGGGAGGGGAGCCACUGGGCACUGGGGGAGUCUCUGAAGCAUGGACUUGCCUUCCUCAGCCCCUGGCCCCAGCUGGGUGGGGGCUCUGCUCCUUCUUGGGCCACAGAUCCUAGCACUGUGGCCUGCGGCAGCUGUGGAAAUCCACACUUCCAGGAAGGAGGAAGCUCUGAAUGGGACUAACAUACGCUUAAAAUGCACCUUUUCCACCUUUAGCCCCAUUGGCCCACAACUGACGGUGACCUGGAACUUCCGGCCCGAGGAUAAAGGCUCAGAUGAGUCUGUGUUCUUUUACCAAGGCCAGCCCUAUCCUCUGCUUACCGGGCGGUUUAAAGACCGUGUUACUUGGGAUGGAAACAUUCAUAAGAACGAUGCAUCCAUUGUCAUCUGGAACCUGAAGCCGACCGACAACGGGACAUUCACAUGUCAGGUGAAGAACCCACCAGACGUCAGCGGCACGAUUGGUGAAAUCCGGCUCAGCGUUGUGCAGAGCGUGCGUUUUUCAGAAAUCCACUACCUGGCAGUGGCUAUUGGGUCUGCCUGUGCACUGAUGAUCAUUCUGGUGAUCGUUGUAGUUCUCUGUCGAUACUACCGGAGGAAACGGCAAGAGAAGAGAACCGAGAUGGUGGAGACAGAGCUUCCAGAAAAGGAAAAACUGAAGAGUACAGAAGAGAUGGCAGCUGUUUCAUUAGAAGCUAAAGACUAAGGAGUCCUUACUAAAUGCUACAUAUAGUGAAGGUACUUCUGAAGAAGGUGGCUAAUACUUCCACAUUCAGAUGUUAGAACAAAGCUGAGUUAUACAUUUCUGAUGCUGCAAGUGCGGUACUGCUGCUCGCCUUGAAACUCUUGCCAGGAAAAAAUGGUUGCACUAGUGUAAAGUAUAAGGUCAUAUUCCUUUUCAUUGAGGCAAAACAGGAGGAACUCAACCCAUCAGAAAUGAAGUCGUCUUUGCUCUUCAACUCCUCUGAAGCCAUUUGGAGAAAAGCUUUGCAGAAUUUCAUUUACUUCACUCCUGUGAAGAAAAAGUAUCUAGAAGAUACAGAAGAAAUCCAAGGAUAACCGAUUGAAAAAAGAUUUGCAAAGUCCUCAUCUUGGCAGGCAGAAGAAUUUUUGAAGAUGCAUCUUUCGUAUUUUAAUUUUGUUUACAUCAUCUCACUCCAACCGCAGACGGGAGAAAGGAGAAUCCUUCGUUGUUACAAAUUGACUUGGUACACUCCUGUUCCUCAAGAAUUAAAAAUAGUAAGUAAUUUGGUCUGCACCAUUUUCCCCUCCAUUGGAAAACCCUGCCAAAUGCCGCCAAAGAAAAAAAAGACAUCUAGACAGACCAAUCAGAGGGGCAGCUUCUUGCAAUAACAGAGUUUGGAUCCCAAGGUUACUUUAAGUGGAGUGUUACAGUUUUGGACAUGGUGUUUCUUCAGCAGUGAUGAUUUUUAGCAGUGGAUGCAUUUUUCAGUUUGAUGUAUGACUUACAUUGUAAGUGACUUAGCAUGUCUGAAUUUGAUAGACUGGGAACUCUGCCUAUUGCCAAGUACACUUUGGGCAGGGGCUAUGGCAGCUUCCAUUCCUGUUCUUCUGACACGUGUAAAUCCUGCUCCCUGUUCUGCUCUGCUCUGCUAUUCUAGCCCAGAUUCCUCCACUCACUUCUCUUAACUGAAUCUGCCUUGCAACACCUUCUGUUACUGGUCACGAGGCUUACAGAUUCCUUUCCAAAUGCCACAACUUUGGCCUGUAACAGUCACUGCUGUUCCAGAAACUCCUAAGCAAACACUACCCGUGGUGCCUAAUCACAGUCAAGUUUUAUUUGCUAUCAGAGUUCAGUAGCUGGUGGCAUGGUAUCAAGCACAGAAGUAGUCAGUAGAAGCUGUGAUACCUCUCAAUGUUAUAUGCAGCUUUCCAGAUACGCACAUUGGCUCAAAGGGGAAUGAAAGUUAGUUUGUCUUGAUGCUAUUUACUGCUGUAGGUUAGUAAUGGGUUUUCCAGAGUUGACAUGCUCACUGCAGAACGUGCCUCUGCAGACUUUGAUGGAAAUAAAUAAAAACCAGCAAAACUUCCGAGCUGUUGCUCUAAGUAACCAGUGUUAAAUCAAGUAUCUGUCUGUUUGUUUAAAGAAUACUUCAUUUUAUGACCCUACCUGUAAAAUGUGGACACAUUA